AUGGGCAACGAACCGUCUACACUGGUGGACGAAAACACACAUCCGUCGGUCCUAGAAGCGCGAACAGUCGAUGCGGUCGCGAAAUAUAUUAAAGAGAAACAUGUGCGCCGGAUCGUGGUGAUGGUCGGAGCGGGCAUAAGUACUUCGGCCGGAAUACCAGACUUCAGAUCCCCGAAUACGGGCAUCUACUCGAACCUCGUGCACCUCGAUCUCCCAGAUCCUGAGGCCGUCUUCGACAUUAGCUUCUUCCGCCAAAACCCCAAGCCAUUUUACGCGCUGGCACGCGAGCUCGCCCCGGGGCAGUACAGACCUACUAUUGCGCAUACGUUUGUGAAACUUCUCUAUGAUAAGGGUCUGCUCUUGAAACACUUUACGCAAAAUAUCGACUGCCUGGAGCGUCUGGCUGGUGUCCCCGGCGAACUGAUCGUCGAAGCCCACGGCAGUUUCGCCACUCAGCGCUGCAUCGACUGCAAGUCAGAGUACCCGGAGAAACUCAUGAAGGAUGCCAUUGCAAAGGGCGAGGUACCGUAUUGCUCCGUGUGCCGCGGGCUGGUGAAGCCGGAUAUCGUCUUCUUCGGCGAGGCGCUCCCGGAAUCGUUCUUUGACAACCGCACGCUUCCCGAGGAGGCCGAUCUCUGCAUUGUCAUGGGGACAAGUCUCUCCGUCCAACCAUUCGCCAGUCUCCCGUCAUUCUGCAAAGACGGCACGCCGCGCGUGCUCAUCAACCGCGAACGAGUGGGCGGCAUGGGCUCCCGACCAGACGACGUCCUCAUCCUGGGGGACUGCGACGACGGGGUACGGAAACUCGCCCGCGCACUCGGAUGGGAAGAAGAGCUAGAACGGCUAUGGGAGGAAGUCAACCCGAACAAGAAAUCUAGAGAGGAGGAACUCGCGCCGCCAGCGACGCGCGAAGAGCGUUUAGAGAAGGAAAUCAGGCAAUUAACUGCGGAAGUCGACAAAACAUUAGAAAUUUCCGACGCCUACCAGAAACGCGUUUGGCAGCAUCUCGACGGUUCAUCUUCGUCACCGGAGCGCACCAGUGUUUCGGGGCUAGCGCAUGUCUUUCCGCAUCUGGCGAGAAAUUAG